UAUUGUGUAAUUAGUUUACGAUAAAAUUUUGUGAAUAAAAAUGGAAAAAAUAAUAACAAACGUUGAUGUUUUAUACGAAAUUUUUCAAUAUCUUAACUUGGAAGAAUUGUUAAAAUUGACUAAAGUCUGUACACAGUUUCGCAUAGUGAUUGUUGAUUUUAUAUGGAAAAACAAAUACAAAAAUCUAGAAGUAUGUAAAAUGUCUCAACAUUUCGGAAUGUUGCUGACAAAUAAUACAGCGAAUAAUGAAUCAGACAAUGAGGUUGGCUACGAGUGUGUUAAAGAGGAUAAGACCAUAUUAAAUCGAAAAGAUGUUGAUACUUUUCUACAGUUAAUAGUUGAUAACAUAAAAAUGUUAGUUUUAUAUUCACCAACGAUAAACUAUAAAAUUGUCAACGAUGAAAGUGAAGUGAUGAAAAGUAGCUCACUUAUUUUUAGUCCCACAGAAUUCGGAGUGACAUUUGAUCAGCAUCAUAGAUUUAUAAAUCUUACUGCGAUAAGUUUUCAACAUGUUAUAAUCAGCGAAAAAGAUUUAAGACUUUUGAAUAGAUAUUGCAACAAGUUGGAGAAAAUGUGUUUGGAUAACUGUUUUAAUAGCAACGAAAAGACCUUGGUAAUAGGAGAGGAUAUAAAAAUUACCACCCUACAAAAUAUGACUGAAUUGAAAAUUCUUGAAAUCACAGUUUCCGAUACUGUAGAUAAAGAAUUAACUUAUGAUUUAAAUAAAAUAUUAAAUAAAUUAAAUAUGCUGCAGUUAGUAAUAAAAAUAAGAAACUUUGUUAUAAACGAGGAUGAUGAUAAUGCUAUAGCUACUAGGAAAGCUUUAGGUCUAACAAAUCCUUGUGAGGAAUUAACUAUAGGCUAUUUUCGAUCUCAACGUAUUUUUAGAAAAUUCAACAACUUAAUGUUAACUAAUUUUAAAUGCCUUAAGAAACUGGUACUGGAAUCAUGGGCUUUGAUCUCAAUUAAUGAAGAGUUUUUUAAGAAACUACAAAAAACUUGUAAUCAAUUAGAAUAUUUAAAAUUACAAAAUUUCGAAAUCAGUAGCUUUGCCACCAUUUCUACUUUAAACACAUUUGUUUUGGAGAAUUGUUCGGGUUUGAUAUGGCGUGAUUUAAUGGCCAUCUUAAGUAAUAUGAAACUAAGAACAUUUUCCAUUAAAGACACAGAAUAUAUAGGAAUAUUUGAGUAUUUUACAGUGGCACCAACUUUGGAAAAUGUACUUGUUAACAAUUGUCAACGAAAUCAUCUAAAGAAAUUAUUUGAAAUAAAUGAUGGUCUGAAUUUAAGAAAUCUAUCAUCGCUUACCUGGCAUGAUAAUUUUGCACAGGUGCCUAUUUACGUGGCUACUAGUUGUGGCAAACUUAGAACGUUAAUAACAGAACCCUCGUCAUUAUUGAUUAAUAAUUUAUAUAGCCUCAGCUCUUUGGAGAAACUUACCCUGAGAGUUGGCAGAAAAAUAAAAUUCUCAAAAAUUAUGAUUAUCUUAAAACAUCCCAAUUUAAGAUAUUUUACACUUACAAAACUAGAAGGUCCUGAUGGUUAUGAUGAAUACGAUGACUACUUAAUUGAUUAUGAUAUAUAUGAUCAAGAGUUAAUGGAAUUUGAAGAUAAGAGAAUUAAUUUAACAUUUUUGAAUAUUUCCUUAAAUAGUUAUUUUAAGAUUGUACAAGAUUUUUGGUUUAAUCUACUGCACAAUAAUCCCAAACUAAUACUUAUGAUACGUUAUAAUAGAUUUCUACACAAUGAUCAUUCAUUUUUGAAAUUUAUUAUUAAUCAUCGAAACUUUCCGAAACGUUUGAAAUCCAUAAAAAUUUGUGGCUACAGAAUUGAAAUUAGAGAAUUUAAGGAGAAUUUUGAGACUGCUAUUGAAAAGAUUAAAACAUUUUCCAAUAUAUACAAAGAUAAAGAAGAUAAAGGUUAUAUUUUAUUAUAAUAAAGAUUAUUUUUUGAAAUCAACUAUA